AUGGCUUUGCUCAUCAGAAACGUAUUGUUGCUGCUAAUGGUGUUGGUGUUGUUCCAAACUACUUGCGGUUGGAGUUUUCGUAAGCAUAGCCUAACUGUUACCGCCACUAAUGAUUUGGGCGCAGAGAUGACCAUUCACUGUAAAUCCAAGCAGGACGAUCUUGGUUCCAAUCUUAUCCCCAUUAAAGGCAAGUAUGAGUUUUCAUUUCGGCCCAACUUUUGGGGGACAACACAAUUCUAUUGCAGUUUUCAGUGGGGAACUGAAUUUCACUAUUUCGACAUAUACAUGGGAGAUAGGGACCACGAGAAUUGUGAUAGUUAUAAGUGCAUGUGGAGCAUAAUACCAAAGGGUCCUUGCAUGUGGAACUAUUUAACCGGUCAUUACGACAUUUGCAAAGACUGGAACGAUAGUAGUCUGAAAUCAUAUGCUCCUUAA